AUGAGAGUCCUCGAGCUAUUCCUUGCCGCCAGUGCUUUGUGCACCUCGGUCUUCAGUGCUGCUCUCGACGACUUCGAAAGCCGCCCCGUCUUCAUCCCCGAGUGGGAGGUUGAAGUAACCCCCGGUGGCGACAAAGUCCGCCUCAACGGCACUAUUCAGCAAGUCCACCAGGAGCUCCUCUCUCUCAAUCCCAACUGGGACAAGGACUUUGGCCUCGGCGACAAGGUGGAAGCUCCUACGGAUGAGACACAUGGCCAACUCGCCAAGCGCACCGACUUCUCAAAAUCGAAAUACUUUUGCGGCGGCCGCUGGCAGUAUUGCAACGGAGGCGCCAUUGCCGAGGGACGCGUUUACCUCUACCGCGUUCCGGGAAGACCGACCAACGGCGCGGGACCCGGUGCCUGCGGUCGGGACAAGAAGCCAAAGACGUUGAAUUCAUUUGGGAGCAUUGCGGAUGGUGUGUAUGAGCUUGAGAAGCACUGUCGUAAAUAUUUUAGCUGGAAUCCUAGCGGAGUUUCUAUUGCUGGCCAGAUUUUCCACGAGACGAAUUGGAAUGUCAUUGUUCGCAAAGAUAAAUGUUAA